UCACGAAGAAGACAGCGAUGUCCCGACAAUGCGCAUGCGCUAGCUGUUCAACUUGUAUGGUGGUAAUAAUUUGAAAAAGAUUUUACUUUCCAAUGCUACACGCAAUCGCCACCGAUUAUUAUGUCUACUAAAUAAACGGCAACAAUGGAUCACAGCAUUGAUGAUGCUGAAGACGUAGUAAGAGAGACAAGCUCACCACUGAAAGAUCUCUCCCCACAAAUGGAACGGAAUCCAUCACCUCCUCCAAGUACAGCCGAUGGAGAUGAGGCUGAAGAGACAGAUGCAAUUGGAGACACAGUAUACAGCAAGCACUGGCUUUUCAGCACACUGUCUCAUCUCAUCCAGAUGGUCACAAAAUUUUCAGAGGAGUCAGAUGGCCAGAUGCAACUCACUGAUGAUGAGGAAGAUGAUCUAUGUCGAGUUUGGGACAUGGCAAUGGAUAAGGAUGUGGCUGGUUUCCUGCAAGAGUUCAAAGCUACAGACAUCCUUCUUGGAGUGAUUGCCAAGUCUACUAAUCCACGUCUGACAGAAAUUUGUGUAGGAAUACUUGGAAACAUUGCUUGCUUUCCAGACACUUGUUUGACUCUUAGCCAAAAUGAAGAUUUGGGGGCGGUGCUGUUGCUUCUGUUUGGAGAUACCGAUCCACCAACCCUUCUAGAGACAAGCAGAUUGAUUCUGACCUGCCUUUCCCAAAAAGAUGUCACGUCCCUCUGGCUUCAGCGAAUACGACAGCAGAUGUCUGUGCGCGCCAACCUCCUUUUCAUCAUGUCCAGUUCAACCAACACGGACCUUCUUGAGAAAGUAGGCGAGCUCGUUGACAAGUUGUUUGACCUUGAUGAGGAGCUGAUGAAAAGUUGGAUCACAGCUCAGCCUGGUGAGCAGAGCGAUGAUGGGGAUAGCUGUCUGGAUUUAGCCUCAUGCCUUCUCGAGGCUGCCAAGCAGCUUAGAUCAGAGAGUCCAAACGGCUUGGAGGUUUACCUUCAUAUCAUGCAGCUCUUAACUACUGUAAACGAGGGCAUUCAAAUGUUUGCUUCCAGUGAAGGACCAGGAAAAGCGAUAUGGAAUUUUGUGUGUGAGGUUGUCUGCGAUGACCUCUGCCAGCCAAAUGAUCUUGCAGUUGUUCUGCAGGAGCAGAAAGGCGCUUUGAUGCAGGCCUUUUCUGUUUUACAAGCACUCUAUGGGUUCCAGGGACAGUCGGGCAGCAAAGAUGACACAAGUCUGUCUCUUGUUGGAGCCAUUUUGAGGGUGAUGCAGUGCCAGAGUGACCACAAAGAAGAUUCUACGAGUAAGGAAGAUGCUCAAGAUGAGCAGCUCCUAACUUUAUCAGAAAUCACAAGUGAAUUUCUGUCAGACAUAUGUAGUCGGACCUCCAAGGACACGGUAACAGCCUUAGUAAAGCGAGGUUACCUGACAGAGAAGAACUAUAUAACGGCUUUUGGAAGUUUACUUCCCAACUAUCAGACAUCAUUUCAACACCUGCUGCUCAUGUUGUCCCAAGCGGAUCCUGAGUUAGCUGACAAGGUGAGGAAGCAGUUUCCUGUCUGAUGGCCGCCGCAGGUCAGUGUUCAGCCCUCACUCGGACAAUUCCGCUUGCUUUUUCCGGAAGCCUUCUUCCCCCUCCAGACCUGCCCCAGUCCCAAUAUUUGACUUUCCACUGGAGAGUCAUUCAUCCAACUUAGUCAGUCCAUUAUUAUUGACAAACUGACUUUUUUUAUUCUUAGUAUUUCCCUCCACUUGCAUUGCAUUGUUCUCUGAAUAUAACUUUUUUUUUUUGUAUUUUUUGAUUGUUUUUUUUUUAAUCAUUAAAGAUACUCCUUUUUGUGUAAAGGUUGUUCUGAAUGUUUUACAUGAGGCCAUAUGAUAAAAAAAAAAAUAAAAAAAAACACUAAAAAGCCCUUUGAACCAAA